UAAAAAUACAAUGACAGCGUUUUUAUAAUACAUAUUUUUCUUUUAUAAUUUUCUUUUUAUGGCUACCUACGACAGAGCAGUAACAGUAUUUUCACCAGACGGUCAGCUACUCCAAGUUCAAUAUGCCCAGGCGGCUGCCAGUCAAGGGUCAGCUGUUGUCGGUGUACGUGGUUCGAAUAGCGUAGUACUCGCAGUGGAAAAGAGGAUAGUCCCAGCUUUACAAGUGGAAAGAACAGAAAAGAAGAUAGUGUUAUUGGAUGACCAUAUAAUUCUUGGCUUCGCGGGAGUCAGGGCCGAUGCCAGAGUGCUUAUUUUGAGAUCACAAAUGGAGUGUCAAUCCUAUCGCCUCACAGUGGAAGAUUCAAUAACAGUGGAAUAUGUAUCCCGGUACAUCGCCAGUAUGAUGCAGCAGCACACACAGAACAAUGGCAGAAGACCGUUUGGCGUUUCCUGUAUUAUUGGUGGUUUUGAUGCUGAUGGACCGCAUUUGUUCCAGACGGAACCCGCGGGGAAUUUUUAUGAGUGGAAGGCCUGUUCAGCUGGAAGAGGAGAAAAGACUGUAAGAGAUUACUUAGAGAAGAACUACAGUAAAGAGAAGACAUCAAACGACCAUGGCACCAUCCAGUUGGCUGUCCGCUCUUUGAUUGAGGUCCAGACUACAGAGAAGGAAUUAGAGGUGGCAAUCUUAAAGAAGUCUUCGCCACUGGUCAUGUUGACAAAACAAGCCAUCCAAUCGUACGUCGCAGAAGCACAAAAUGAGAAAUCUUCGAAAAGCUGAAAUUGCGCCAUCUAUGUUCAGAUACCAGUACUACUAUAACACUUGUUUACUCGGUAUUGACGCGUAAUAGUAAUAUCUUAUCAUGACGAUAGAUGGUGUUACUAGUCAAGAAUAUGUUUAUUCGUAUUAAAAAUUGUUAUAUUACAUUUUAUUGAUUUAUAAAAUAUAACUUAUACAUUUUUAUAGCAUUUACAAAUAGCAGGUAAUAAAAAUGUAUUUUAAAUACACCAUAAAAAUUAUAGAUAAAAAUUGGAAUUUGUACUUCACUUCAAAUUGUAUAAAACCUGGUACAACGCCAAAACUUUUGACCUAAAAAGGUAUUCUCAACCGUUGGUUAUGAACGAAAAAAAUAUUUUCCGUUCCUAUUUCCAAUUGCGGGCGUAAUAUUUCAAUGUAGCACCGUCAUUUCAUUAUAACAUCCUAUCAAUCA